AUGGCUUCAUACGGGCUGCUAGGCCAGCCAGAAGAAGAUGCGCUCCACAAGUCGCGUCUCCUCAACGUCGAAGAAAAGCCAUUCAAGCGAAUCUCAAAACGACUAUUGAACCCCGAUUCCCUCAUUGUCUCGCGAUCCUCGCUCCCUCUCACCCCUCCCCCCGAAGAGACCGACGCCGAUUCCGAUGCGACCGCAACAGAAGCCGAGAAACAGAAAAGACUCGAAGAAUGGCACCACUUUCGCGAGGAUGUCGCACUCGACUUUGCCACCUUUGAGGGCAGCAUUGCCCGCGUGCAAUUUCUUCUUACCAGCAACGAGCAAGAACGACAGCGAUAUGCUACCGAGCGAGUUCAGAUUCUGUCGACAAUGCAGUCUGUACGAGAAAGCACGGCCGAUCUACGAACUCAGCUUGAAGAGGCACAGCGACUUCUCUCCUUGCGAAAGACCUAUGACGAAUUGACGGACAAAAUCACGAGCAACCGCCUACUCAAGCCGCGCGAAGACCAGUCGGCGAACCUUCAGAAAUUACGGCUGGAGAUUGCAGAUCUCGAGAAGGAAAGCAAGGAUUACGCGAUGACCUGGGCUGAGCGCCGUGAGCAGUUCGGUCGUAUUGUGGACGAGGGGAUGCAACUUCGUCGCCUGAUCCGCGAUGAGAAAGAGGAAGUCGAGCGCCGGGAAGGCAUGCAGGAGGGCGAAGACGGCGACGAGGGAGAUGUCACAUCCAAGGGCAAGGCUAGCAGUGGAAACACUCCUCCUGGACCUGAAAACGAUGCCAUGACCCCCUCUCAACACGGCCAAGACGAUGCCGGUCGGCCAUCUGGUCUGCAGGUUCAGAAGCCCGGGGCUGCCGGUGCUGCGUCACCUUUGCGGCAAGUCACAACUGCUCAGGGCGAUGGGGCACGGGAGGAUACCAAUAUGCUUGAUGAGGGUGAAAUUUCUGCGGUUAGUGAUGGCGAAUUAUCCGAGCUCGAGGAAGGAGAGGAACUCCCCGACGAUUUCAGCGGGAAGAUGGAUACUACCUGA